CUCCCCCGCUUUCCGCGGAGCCCAGCCCGGGCCUGGGAGCUAGUGCGCAUGCGCCGCCGCCUCUGCCGCGCUCGCCAACAUGACGGCGCGGGCCCUGGGGCCGGUCGGGCGGCAGCUGCGGCGCCUCCUGGCCUCGGGUGCACGGUCCGGCGGCAGAGCUUGGCUGCACCCUUUCAGCACCGCCACCCAGAGAACCGCCGGUGAGGACUGCAGUUCCGAAGACCCUCCUGAUGAGCUUGGUCCUUCUCUUGCAGAACGAGCCUUAAAGCUAAAAGCUGUUAAGCUGGAGAAGGAAGUGCAGGAUUUGACAAUAAAAUACCAGAGAGCUGUAGCUGAUGGUGAAAACAUCAGAAGGCGAACCCAGAGAUGUGUGGAGGAUGCCAAGAUAUUUGGAAUUCAGAGUUUCUGUAAGGACUUGGUGGAGGUGGCAGACCUUUUGGAGAAGACGGCAGAGUGCCUUUCUGCAGAGGCAGAGCCCGGGGACCAGAAGCCCACCCUGGAGAAGAUCUUCCAAGGCCUGUCCCUUCUAGAAGCCAAGCUGAAGAGCGUAUUUGCCAAGCAUGGCCUCGAGAAGAUGACCCCUGUUGGCGACAAAUACGACCCGCACGAGCACGAACUCAUCUCGCACGUGCCUGCUGGCGUUGGUGUGCAGCCUGGCACCGUGGCACUAGUCAGACAAGAUGGCUACAAGCUUCACGGCCGCACCAUUAGACUCGCGCAGGUGGAGGUGGCCGUGGAGGCUCAGAAGAGGCUCUGAGUGGGCCGUCGGGGCUGAGUCUGCGCCCAGGGCGCCGCCGCCCGUGUCCCCUUUAUUUAUUAAGCUAGGUUUGUAUUGUACAUGAGGUACUUCAUGUGAUCUGUUUUGGAUUUAGUCAUAUUGGCUUGAUUUCUAAGAUAAUCUCUUAAUUUCCUGGGGCCUGUUUGGUCUCGUCGGAUUAUUUUGCCAUCAGGCAUCUGAACAAAGUGGCAGGUGUGUGUAUCACCUUUGUCCAACUGCGCUUAGGAAAUUAAUUUUAAAUUGGUACUCUGCUAAUUUUUCGGAAUCUUUAUGAGGUGGAAAUGAGUAUAAGCGUAUGUAUUUUGACCUAAUUGUUUCUUCCUAAUAAUUCCUACAACAAGAAUUGAAUAGGAUCUUGUAUCUUAUGGGGGGAAAGAGAUGGUAGGGGUUAGUUCAACUUGGGUGAUGAAGCUGAUGGAUUUAGAUUAUUGUUGUUUUUUAUAUACUAAUGGCUGGAGCAAUAGUGCAGUGGGUAGGGCGCUUGCCUUGCACACGGCAGACCCGGGUUUGAUUCCUCUGUCCCUCUCGGAGGACCUGGCACACUACCGAGAGUAUCCAGCCACACAGCAGAGCGUGGCAAGCUCCCCGUGGUGUAUUCGAUAUGCCAAAAACAAUAACAAGUCUCACAAUGGAGACAUUACUGGUGCCUGCUCAAGCAGAUCAAUAAGCAAUGGGAUGACAGCGCUACAGUGCUAUAUACUAAUAGAUUUUCAAAACUUUCCCCCUUUUUUACAAAUUAUUCUUUAGGGGGAGGUUAAGGGGGCCACACCUGGCUGUGCUCAGGGUUUACUCUUGGCUCUGCACUCAGGGAUCAUUCCUGGCAGGGCUUGGGAGAACCAUAUAAGGUGCCAGGAAUCAUAUCUGGGUCAUCAUCUGCAAGGCGGACACCUUCUUGCUGUACUAUCUCUUCAGCCCCAUCUCUUAGCACCUUUUUCUUGGUUUGUUUUUGUCCCCUAGUCCCUUCCAAGUAAACUGCUGCCCAGAUCCCAUUGAUAAGGACCAGACUAGACUUGGAAGGCAGGGAGCAGUAGAAAUUUGAGGUAUCCAAGUUCCUUUCAAGCAUUGAUGACUUUGUGCUCUCUUUGCUGAAUUUACAUUCAACUUAUUUUCAACCUCCCAUCUCUGGUGAAUGAGGCACCUCCAAUGACCCAGUAAUCCAAACCAAUCUAGGUAUCACUGUCAUCCCGUCAUCCAAUCUAGGUAAUUUGCCAGAAAUUUCCUAUUCCACCAGCCAUUUUAGCAGAUUUGCCAUUUUCCUAUUUGAUGAUGUAGGGGAGGAUCAGGACAAAGGUGUUAGGAUCCUAUAGUUUCUCAUUUAAUUCAGUUACGCUGACUUCUAUUUUUGGUACUCACAAGUUGCUACCUCUGUUACAUAAACAAACUAUUUUGUAGUUUUUAUAGCGAAUGUGUGUAAACAUCUCAUUCCCUUUUUUGUACUUUUAGGUUAUUAAGCUUGUGUUUAUUUUAGUUAUUUUUGCUAGUGUUCUGUAAAAGAUUUGUCCAGUAAAUGAGUAGGUAGAUGAAGUAAUCAGACAUUAGAAAGGAGGUCAAUCAUAUGUGUUUUAAUGUAGAAGAGACCUUGGUAAUAAUCCAAUCUUACCCUUUCGACUUCUUCUGAAGCACAAGAAUAUAUUGUUUUUUUUAGAAUCGGACUAAGAAAAAAACCUCUAAAAAUAGCUAAAAUUCACUGGAAACUUAAAAAUAAGCAGUAAUUACAUACUAGCUUCCAUCAUUUAAAAUUCAGCAGUUCUUAAAUGAACAUGCAAAUAUGUUCCCAGCAGACAAGAGAUAUUCAGUUGCUUAGGUUUAAGUUUUUAGUUAUUCGUGAAAUAAUGUAUUUCUACUGCCACUCUCCAAACCACAUUCAGUAGAGUGGGAAGUUAGCCCUUAGAUGCCAUAUGUAAUCUUAAGACACAACACAGACAUCUGCUAAUGGGCCCUACCCUCUGCCAGAUUUAGACAUUUAAUAUAUCCAUGCUUUUCAAGCAGAAGACUGUCAAUAAGAUUUUAAAAUCAGAGCAUCUCUUGAUACUGUAUUAAGCACUUAUGUCCAUGUAUGCAACCCUUAGACAGUAGGAAUUUGUUCCUUUUUUGCCUUCGUUCCUUUAAGAGUAAACAGAAGGCACCAAGAAAUUGAGCCAUGUAUUUACAAUUACCCCGUGUUCCUGGUGUACUGUCAGUACUAGUCCAUUAAAAUAACCAUCGUUUAAAAGUGUGAAAUGUGAUUACUUGAGUUUUCUAAUAUUCCUUUUUAACUUCUUGUUUUAGGCUGAGAAUAAUCUUAGGUUCUUUCAUGAUUCAGUAGUUUCACAGAGUUAAUGUAUGAAGAUGGAAUUGUAGUAGUAACGGUCUCUAGAACUUGAAAGGCUUUACUGGAACUCGGCAGCCUCAAAGAACAUGGAGGUGGAAGGUUUGGUUGCCACAGGAAUCCCAAUUUAUCAUAUAACCAAAAGUUGGACCCCUCAGAGCUUCCUUAUUUAUUAGGUGGUUAUUAUUUUCUCACUGUCUUGUGAAGAUUUAAUGAAAUGUGUAAAUUGCAUAUUUCAAUAGGCCCUCAAAUGUUUAUUUUUAUUGUAUUUUAUUCACGUGUUCUUUUUUCUGUAUUUUACAGCUGCCUAAAAUGUAGGGAAUGGGGAAGACUGGUAAAGAAAGAGAUGCUUUAAAUUUCUUAAGCUAAUCAGAAUGACUAAUUUUCUUUCUGAUUUCUGGUGGUUUGGUUUUAACGUAAUUCCACAGUUGUUAACAGAAGGAACAAGAAAAUUACAUCAGUGCUAUUAUUUUUAUUAUGAUGGUUAAGUAAAAAGUCAUUGGCUUGCAGAUAAUAUGUAAGAGAGCUUUGGAUCACAUGAAGAGGGAAUCUUGGUGUCUUAUUCCUUGGAUCCAUAAAUCUCACACAGAUUUUCCUUGCUGUCAUAAAGGAAUGUCAGUUUGAUACUAAGUUAUUUGGUGCUCUUUCAUGAUACAGGACUUGAUAUAUGAACAUUAAAGGAAAAAAAAGGGUGAAAUAAAAUGUUCAGAAACAAUAAAACUCAAAUUGGAAUAAUUGA